AUGGGCGUACGCGACCUGUUUGUCUCCGUCUGUCUGCGAGUGAAAGCGGUGCUUUGCUGCCGACUGACGCCACUUCAAAAGUCCGAGAUUGUUCGUCUCAUCAAAGAGACAAGACAACCGGCGCCCGUUUGUGCUGCUAUCGGAGACGGUGCCAAUGAUGUGUCCAUGAUUCUCGAGGCGCAUGUCGGCUUCGGCCUCUUCGGCAAAGAGGGUCGCCAGGCCGUUCGAUCUGCCGACUAUGCGUUUGGCCGGUUUCGCUUUCUGAAGCGCGCCCUUCUGGUCCAUGGUCACCUCUACUACUUACGAGUAGCCAAUCUUGUGCAAUACUUCUUUUACAAAAAUCUCGCCUUCACCCUGCCCCAGAUCCUCUUCUGCCCGUUCAGCAUGUUCUCGGCUCAGGCGUUGUUUGCUCAGGUCUACCUGCUCUUGUACAACAUCACAAUGACCAGUCUGCCCAUCCUGCUCUACGGCAUCUUCGAGCAGGCCGUAUCGCCCUGCCAUCUCAUUCGUCUGCCUCAGCUCUACCGCAGAAUCUCCGGCAACUCGGUGCUUCGCUGGCGUGCAUUUGCAGCUUGGAUGGCCAACGCCGUUUGGCAUGCUUUGGUGGCCUUUUUCGGCGUCUACGCAGUGGCCGCCGCCGGUCAGGCAGGAGGAGGCGGCUUGGACACAGCCGCCAGUAACCAGGCCGGCUCUUCGGUCAGCGAGUUGACCGGCUUCGGUACCCUCGUCUUGAUGAUCAUCUUUCUGCUAGUCAAUGUCAAACUGCUGCUCCAUUCGUACAGACUCACGUGGAUCAUAGCCGCCGGCCUCGGAUUGGCCAUCCUCGGCAACCUGGGCAUCUUUCUGAUCGCCAAUGUCAUCUUCUUCCCCACCAGCGGCGGGGGUGAACUGGUCGGAGUCUGGACGGCUCUCUGGGCCGGCUCGGGAUUGGCCUCGGCCUGGUUCUGCCUGAUUGGUCUGUCAGUCCUCGCCUUGACGCCGGAUCUUGUCUACCGCACCCUUGCCGACCAAGCCCUCCAGAUGCAGAUGGACCAGCUCGACGGAGUGGCGGCGACGGCGUCAAAGACGGCGAUGUCACCCGCUGCUACCGAUGCCAAGACAACAAAUGUCCAAAGUGUUCCUUCUAAAGAAAUGGAAACUCUGCAAAAUCGGCCAAUCAAAAUGGCCAAAGGAGAAAGGUUCCGAUUGUUCGAUGUCGUGCCAAAUCGUCUACGAGCUGGAUUUUUUCCCGAACCGGUACACAGUAUCGCCAGGUCGCCAGGGCCGGAUUUGGCUGUUGAUGUGCAGGGGAAAGUGAAUCAGGCCUACAUGCCCAACGAGUUAGCAAGGAUGACCAUUGCACCUCCCUACCGCCGCAAUGUCACGGGAAAUGAGGCAAGUUUUCGAGCCCUGGAGACUGCUCCAAUUGCUAGCAAGUGUGGCAUUUCGCAGCCUAUCAACAAUAGGUGUUCAAUCGCAUUAUCUGGUUUUGCAACCAAUAGCUUAAUCGGAGUAUGUAGAUACUAA